AUGAAACUGGACUCGGACUGGAGACUGGGCUCUGAUCCAUGGUGGGUAUCGACUCAAUUCAUGGAGGGUGUUGACUCCGUCCGUGGUGGUCUCGACCCCGUCCGUGGUGGGUAUCAACUCUAUCCAAUGGAGUACUGUGGGCUUCUAGAAGGCCCUAAUGGAACUGAAUGUGUGAACUGGGCCCACAACAUGACUGACAGUGACCCAUAUAUUCACCCGGCAAUUGUUGUCAAGAAAAAAGUCAUGCCAAAGAAGAUCGCCAGUAAAGAGGCGCAAAAAGAAAAGACAUGGCAUGAUGUGUUUGACACGGAUGCCCUGGAAAAGAAAAUGGAAGUGCAUGCUGGGAUUCCUGUCGUUACCAAGGCAACAUGGACGGAGAUCAUUGAGAAAUCCCACGCCCCACGCCAUGUAUUCUAUAAGGCGGGAAAAUGGGCGGGAGAAGUCGCAAAAGUGUCUUUGGUUGUGUACGUCAUGGCAGAUUGUGGAAAUUGCCGAAGAAAUAAUCAAACUUUUCUCGACAUUCAGACUGCUGUCCGUCACAUUGAUGGAGGGGCAAUGUACUAUGUGAACUGUACAGCUGAGCCCAUCCUGUGCCGUAAUCAGAAGAUUCGAGGAUUUCCAACUAUCGUUGCAUAUCGGGGUCUUGGCUGGUUACGUCCUGGGGAUUGUCUUACUAAGACAGCUGCGGCACGUUUUGGGAGUUCCGUCAGAAUUGAUUAUCAUGGAGUCAUCAGAACUGAAGCGGUUCUAGACUGGUUUUCCCGAGUAGCUGACAGUGCCGUUACUGACCUUCCAUCUUCAGACACCCUCCCAGACUUUCAGGAUAAAGAUGUUAAGUUGGUUGCCCAGGUUGCAGAAGGUGAGGAAGGCUGGGAUUUUCAGUGUUUACGUCUGCUGUGUGAGCAUUUACACCCAGUUGUUGACUGCUACAGUGUGACAGAGGGGCAGUCAACAAUAUCACUGGAAUGGUUGUAA